AAUGAGCUGUACUUUAGUAGAAACACUACAUUUCCCAUGAAUGAAGCAGAAGAGGCAGAUCCUUCAGAGCAUCUGAAAAGAAAUUCGUUCGUAUGGUUCAGCGGAGGAUUCAACUCUUUUCUGUCAAUCACAGACAUGACUGAGGGAACGCACCUGCGGAGGCGAGGCGGGCCGUACAGGACAGAGCCAGCCACAGACAUGAGCCGCUGGAGGCUGACGAAUGUCGAGGGCAGGCAGACCUGGCGCUAUGUGGAAGAUCAGGACAGCCCAGACAGGGAGCAGACCAUGCUGGAAGCCCAUUCUCUAGGCUUGGACACGAGUAAGUUUGUGCCUGGCUCUCCAGCUGUCCACACAGCUGUAGAUGCAGCUCUGAAAGGUAUGCACUUCUACAGCCACCUCCAGGCUGAGGACGGUCACUGGGCAGGGGACUACGGCGGACCCCUCUUCCUGCUCCCAGGGCUCCUGAUCACAUGCCAUGUGGCUAAGAUCCCUCUGGCCGAGGCCUGGAAGAAAGAGAUGGUGAGGUACCUGCGCUCCGUCCAGCUGCCAGACGGAGGCUGGGGUCUACAUAUUGAAGAUAAGUCUACCGUCUUUGGCACAGCGCUGAGCUACACCUCAUUAAGGAUCCUGGGAGUAGAUCCUGAUGAUCCAGAUGUGGUUCGAGCCAGGAAUAACCUGCACAGCAAAGGCGGCGCUGUGGGGAUUCCCUCAUGGGGUAAAUUCUGGUUGGCCAUUUUAAAUGUCUACAGUUGGGAGGGAAUGAACACACUGCUACCAGAGAUGUGGCUGUUCCCCACUUGGAUGCCAGCCCACCCCUCUACCCUGUGGUGCCACUGCCGCCAGGUCUACCUCCCCAUGAGUUAUUGUUACGCUGUCAGACUGGCUGCAGAGGAAGACUCCCUGGUUCUCAGCCUCAGACAGGAGCUUUAUGUCCAGGACUAUGCAACCAUUAACUGGCCUGAUCAGAGGAACAACGUGGCAGCAUGUGACAUGUAUACGCCUCACAGCACACUGCUCAAUGUCGCUUACAUGGUGAUGAAUGUGUACGAAGCCCACCACAGCACCACACUGAGAGGAAGGGCUGUCAAAGAACUGUAUGAACACAUCCUGGCUGAUGACUGCUUCACUAAAUGUAUCAGCAUUGGACCGAUCUCCAAGACUAUCAACAUGCUGGUUCGCUGGUAUGUGGAUGGUCCCUCCUCUCCGGCCUUUCAGGAGCAUGUGUCCAGGAUCCCAGACUACCUCUGGUUGGGAUUAGAUGGCAUGAAAAUGCAGGGGACCAAUGGAUCUCAACUCUGGGAUACUUGCUUUGCUGUACAGGCUUUCCUUGAGGCAAGAGCCCAGGAUAACCCAAGGCUAGCCAAGUGCCUCCGAGAUGCCCAUCAGUUUCUCACCAUCACACAGAUACCUGAGAAUCCUCCCGAGUACCAGAAGUACUACAGACAAAUGAACAAGGGAGGUUUCCCCUUCAGCACCCGUGACUGUGGUUGGAUCGUGGCUGACUGCACAGCGGAGGGCCUGAAGUCAGUGAUGCUGCUGCAUGAGCUCUGUCCCUCCAUUGGCCAGCCUGUCUCCUCAGAGCGCCUAUAUGAUGCUGUCCAAGUGCUCCUGAGCAUGAGAAACUCUGACGGUGGAUUUGCCACAUAUGAAACUAAGAGAGGAGGGAAACUCCUGGAGCUGCUUAACCCCUCUGAGGUGUUUGGUGACAUCAUGAUAGAUUAUACCUAUGUGGAGUGUACCUCAGCAGUAAUGCAGGCUCUGAGGCACUUCCAGAGGGCCUACCCUGAACACCGUGCUGAGGAGAUAAGCUCGACUCUACGAGACGGGCUGGAGUACUGCAGGAGGGUGCAGAGGCCUGACGGAUCCUGGGAAGGGUCCUGGGGAGUGUGCUUCACAUAUGGAACAUGGUUUGGCCUUGAAGCCUUUGCGUGUAUGGGGCACGUCUACAAGGACGAGUAUGUGUGUGCGGAGGUGCAGAAAGCGUGUCAGUUCCUGUUGGACAUGCAGAUGUCAGAUGGAGGCUGGGGGGAGGACUUUGAGUCAUGCGAGUACCGGCGCUACAUCCAGAGCAGCACGGCUCAGAUCCACAACACCUGCUGGGCUUUGUUGGGCCUCAUGGCUGUCAGGCAUCCUGACAAGGGGGCCAUUGAGAAAGGAGUACAGCUGCUGAUUGACAAGCAGCUGCCUAACGGUGACUGGCCACAGGAGAAUAUUGCAGGUGUGUUCAACAAGAGCUGUGCUAUAAGCUACACCUCCUACAGAAACAUCUUCCCAGUCUGGACCCUUGGCCGCUUCUCAACACUUUACCCCAGCAGUGCAUUGGCUGGGAAGAUCAAGCUGUGAAGACCUUUAAAAGGUCAUAGUUCAUCUGACUAUCUUCCAGGACGAAGAAACAUAAUGUCUUCAACAGCAUUCAGACAAUAAAUGGAAAGUGUAUAUUCUUUUGUGGGUGACAUAUUUUCUGACACGACCACAACUGUCCUGACGGAUUAUCAAGUGUUAAUUCAGCCUUCAAAUGAUGCAUCAUUUCUGUGUCUGUGUGUAGCUACACUAUGGACAAAUUAACACUUCAUCUGUGUUGAAUCCAUCAGAUAAAGUAACGCAUUUUAUUCUUAGAAUUUUAUUUCUAUGUUGACAUACCAGGAUGACUCCUCCACCAGAGCUUAUCUUUACAGAUCUGUUGUGAUAAUCUGCUGCUAUCCAAGACGCCCAGUUAAUGCUGGUCUGGUUUAUAAAUUGUAUAAAAGCAUUUAUGUCCAUGUUGCCUUAUAUCCCUGUCCCUUACUUAACAUGUCCAUUUAUAAUGAAUAAUUUUUCGUUGGUGUUAUCAUGA